CUAACUCGGGACUGAAACUCUGCCACGCUGCCCGCCAACGCCGCGCUAUGCUCGAGAUGUCCUGUGACCGAGCGUUACUUGACAUCGUUGUUGUUGUUGUUGUUGUUAUUGUGUUCUGUAGUGUACUCAUGUGUUUUCUUUAUCUUUAUACCUUUAUCUUUAAACCACCUAGGAUCGGAAAACGAAGCUCGAACCUUCGAUCACGAUCAUCUCCACUAAACUGAACAUUUCUCUUUUCUCUCUUUCUUCUCUUACCAUACCAUAACCCCCACGUACCACCCCGUAUCGCGUUUGUGUUCUCAUCAUUAACACGUUCUGCCUCACCAUAAAUCGUUCACCUUAUGUUUAUGUUGCGAUGGUCGCGUCACCUUCAACAACAUACGCCCCCUUCCCCCUCUUCACUGUGUAUCUGCUCUUUCCCGUGCGACAAUGGCACAGAACAACGGUUUCAAUCAGCUCUGUAUCAAUUUCACCAACGAGCGGCUACAGCAAUUUUUCAAUCACUACAUGUUCAUCCUCGAGCAAGAAGAGUACGAACGCGAAGGCAUACAGUGGACGUUUAUAGAUUUCGGGCUCGAUCUGCAGCCUACGAUCGAUUUGAUCGAGAAGGUAGUACCGAAGUGGUAAUUCAUCUUAUCGCCUAGAAAUCGUCUACGCCGCCGGGAACAACGGCGAAUACGGCGUUGUUCCCAUGGAGGAUUUUGCACAAAAAGUGUUAUUUUUUAUUUUGAAAGUAGCAUAGUAAAUAUUACCGUGCCUCAGAUUGUUUUUGUGAAGCACAUAGUAGUAGAUAGAACAGUAACUUAAAGUAAUAGUAUAUAAAAAGUAUCUCAAUUUUGUCGAUUCAACCGCUGUGAAAUUAUCGCAGAGGGUAGAGCGCAGAGCAGCAGUCACAGCAGGACAUUUUAAACUCUUUUUCCCCUCAGUAUCUUAGUAGUUUUGUCCUGUUGUUAAAAUUUGUUAGAUUUUGUAUUUUCAUUGCAAGUGCCAUUUUUUUCCUCCAUUUUGAAUGUUGUUUUGUACUAUUCUUCAAAGCGUAAUCAUUUUCCCGGUUUCACCGUUUUUACCGUAGAAUUAGUUGCAAACAUAACAAUACGCUGCUUCGAUGCUAUUUGUUAAAGCUAGCAAAUGGUAAGUGCUGCAUGCGUGUACUAAAAACUACAAGUAGAGCUCGUAUGAGCAGCAGAAGUGUUUAUACUAAUAAUACAGCAAACAGCUGCAUCGUUUAUUUUGUUUUUCUUACGGAAACAAUGCUAAUUGCAAAACCUGCCUUGCAUGCCACUCAGUAUCAACGUCGACAAAAUAUCUAAUGUACAACUUUUCUCAUCUAAUUUUUCUCCGUCCCACCAACGCCGUCAUUCCGUCACUUGUACUUGACGUCGUCGCAAACAGCCCAUGGGUAUCCUGUCGAUUCUUGAGGAAGAGUCUAUGUUCCCGAAGGCCACUGAUCAGACCUUCGCUGAGAAGCUGA